AUGAGUACAAUUCAAAGUCUAAAGAAUUUCAUACGUCAUGGCAAACAAGCCCGUUUAGUCACUCCUCAUGCCGAGCCGACCACCAACAUCUCGACCAUCCAUGCUGAGCAACAGCGUCAACCUCAUGGUUCCUACCCUCCCGCCGCGGGAAAUUUAGAUGCCAUUGACAGCAAAAUGGGAAACGGCCACACUCAGCAGUCCCAGAAAUCCCCCGAUGUCCCCGUCAAGAGGGUCCGGGAGGCCGAAAUCGAGCAGAUUAUCGCCGAAGAGAAAAGCACCCGGUCCAAAUUGCCCAAAUACCCAGGUCUGGAACGCUGGAUCCUCGUCGAGAAGAUGGGCGACGGUGCCUUUAGCAACGUUUACCGGGCCAAGGAUACCACAGGCGAAUUUGACCAGGUGGCUAUCAAGGUCGUUCGAAAAUAUGAAAUGAACAGCACACAGUCCGACGCCCAUCUGCAUCCCGAGUUCAAAAGGAAACCAAAAGCUGCAGAGCGAGCCAACAUCCUGAAAGAAGUUCAGAUCAUGCGACAAAUCGACCACCCCAACGUCGUCAAAUUGAUUAGCUUUUCCGAAUCCCGUCAAUACUACUACAUCGUACUCGAACUCUGUCCUGGCGGUGAACUAUUCCACCAAAUCGUCCGAUUGACAUACUUUAGUGAAGAACUUAGUCGCCAUGUCAUUAUUCAGGUCGCCAAGGCAAUCGAAUAUCUACAUGAAACUUCGGGUGUGGUCCAUCGCGAUAUCAAACCCGAGAAUCUCCUUUUCUACCCUACCGAAUUCAUCCCCUCGAAAACCCCCAAACCGCGCCAGCCCGGCGACGAAGACAAAGUGGACGAAGGCGAAUUUCUCCCUGGCAAAGGUGCCGGCGGCAUUGGCAUCAUCAAAAUCGCCGACUUUGGCCUUUCCAAGGUUAUUUGGGAUAGUCAGACCAUGACCCCGUGCGGAACGGUUGGCUAUACCGCCCCCGAAAUCGUGAAAGAUGAGAGAUACUCCAAGAGCGUAGAUAUGUGGGCUUUGGGCUGCGUGCUCUAUACUUUGCUCUGCGGCUUCCCUCCUUUCUACGACGAAAGUAUCCAAGUCUUGACAGAAAAGGUUGCCCGCGGCCAGUACACCUUCCUGUCACCGUGGUGGGAUGAUAUCUCCAAGUCCGCCCAGGAUUUGAUCUCUCAUUUGCUGACCGUCGACCCCGAAAAACGAUACACCAUUAAGCAGUUCCUAGCGCAUCCUUGGAUCCGCGAGACCAACGAAGAAACACAGGCAGCCGCCGACGCUCCUCCUCUAGCAACUCCGCUAGCUUCGCGCCAACUCCGCAACCCUCAAUUAGAUGCCGUGGCAGCAGACUUGGCCCCUUACCCCCCUGCAAGUGCUCGCCUUUUCGACCAGCCCUCCGCCGGCUUGGACCGUCCCAUGGAUUUCCGGUCCCCGGGCGCGAUCAACUUGCGCGAGGUGUUCGAUGUUGGUUAUGCCGUCCACCGGCAGGAAGAAGAGGGCAAGCGACUCAAGGCCGGGCGUGGAUUCCGGGGCACCAACCCUGCCUCUGCAUUCCAAUCGGCACUCAAUCCGCUCAAUGAGGACUACGGCGAUGAAGAAGAACAGAUUACUUACCAGCCCAUUAAUGAGGCCGAGUACCCUCCCACCAAGAUUCAAAAGUCUUCCCAGAACGCCGCCGAGAUUGCAGCCAUGGAAGCUAAAAUGCGAAGUACAAAUCUUGGAGUGACCAGCCAUGCGGCUCAAGUGCGGCAAGCCCACCAGCCUCGUCAGCAACAGGGUUACGGGCAACACAGCGCCGCUGUUGCAGCGGCCGCGAAGCAGAGUAUCGCCCGCGGCGCCCGACAACCCUUUGAACUCAGCCUCGAUAACGCAACUCUGCUAGAAAGGCGCGGCAGACGGCAUCAAGAGCAAUCAACUGCCUAA